UUAGAGAGCGAGACAAUGUGCAAAAGGAAGCGCUGGGAGGAGGUCGAGUCAUUCAGAUUUCUUACCAUCUCCUGAUGCGAGAGAAGUAGAUGACAGCAGAGUGUUAGUGACAGCUGCAGCAAGUUCCUGUUUGUGCUGCAUAACUAGUAAAGAGAAAUACAGAGAGACGCGAGUAGUUUUUGUGUGCGAAAGAGAGCGCGCCUGUGCACUCACUCUGGAAAGGGAGAGAGUGAGAGAGAGAGAGUUGUGUAUCAAUGAGAGAGCAGACAAGGGGGAGCAGCAUUCCCCUAAUAUGAAGCAGGCGCCUGGACAGCAGCCUGCACUCUCUCCAUCGGGUAAGAUGGAGCCCAAAUCUCUGUUCAGCCUGCAUAAAGCCCUGGCUCAGCCUGUGAAGAUGUGCAUGUUUGAUUUCCCUGUCUCCGUCCUGGAUGAUCUGAGCUCAGUUCAGGAGAUUGGAGAGGAGGUAGAAGACGGUGCCAUCUAUACCAUCACACUCCGAAAGGUGCAGCUCCACCAGACGGCUAGUAAGGGGCAGCGAUGGCUGGGCGUGGAGACAGACUCUGCCCUCAGUUUGUACGAGACAUGCAAGGGUCGGACCAUUAAGGCUGGCACACUGGAGAAACUGGUGGAGUACAUGGUUUCGGCUUUCAAAGGGAAGGACUAUACAUACGUCACUAUUUUCCUCUGCACCUACCGAGCUUUUGCCACCACCAAACAAGUGCUGGACCUGCUGCUUAACAGGUAUGCCAAACUGCAUGAUCAGCCAGUCUCAUGCAAGCCAAAACUCUCUCCAGAGGACUACACAGAGUUUAAAAAUACGGUCUCAUCUAUCCUGGGUGCGUGGCUGGAUCAGUACUCUGAGGAUUUCUGGAGCCCUCCAGACCACGAAUGCCUGCAGAGCCUCAUAUCUUACUUGCAGCUUAACUUCUCUGGAUCGGACCUGGAGAGACGAGCCCAUAACCUGCUGGAACUCUUUCAGCAUCGGCAACAGACUGAGGUUGAGCUUGAAGGUGAUCUGUGCACCUGCCCCUUUGCCACACCAGAGGAGAGCAGCUUGGAUGAUGAAUUCUCCCCCUCACACUUUACAUCCUUCAGUCCUGCCCUAGUCGCUGAGCAGUUAACAGUCAUGGAUGCGGAGCUGUUUAAGAGGGUUGUUCCCUACCAUUGUUUGGGUGGCAUAUGGUCCCAGCGGGAUAAGAAGGGCAAAGAGCACCUGGCACCCACCAUCCGUGCCACUGUUGCUCAGUUCAACAGUGUGACCAACUGUGUGAUUGCCACCUGCUUGGAUAACAGGUCUCUCAGACCCUUUCAAAGAGCGAAGCGCAUUGAACACUGGAUAGAAGUGGCCAGGAAAUGCCGUAUCCUGAAGAGCUUCUCCUCUCUGAAAGCCAUCCUGUCCGCCUUGCAGAGUAAUGCCAUCCACAGACUGAGGAGAACCUGGGAUGAUGUGUCCCGGGAAAGCUAUCGCACUUUCCAGGAGCUGUCCGAAAUUUUCUCAGAUGACAAUAAUUAUUCCCUCAGCAGAGAGCUUCUCAUUAAGGAGGGCACCUCCAAAUCUGCCAUCGUCGAGAUUAACCACAAAGGAGCCCAGAGAAGACACCAGCAGCAAAGAGACAUGGGUGUUGUACAGGGAACUAUUCCAUACCUUGGCACUUUUCUGACUGAUCUAGUCAUGUUAGAUACUGCUAUGAAAGACCAUCUUGAGGUUGGGCUGAUCAACUUUGAGAAGAGAAAGAAGGAAUUUGAAGUGAUCGCUCAGAUCAAGCUGCUGCAACUGACCUGCAAUUAUUACAACUUCACCAAAAACCAGCGCUUCAUUGAAUGGUUCAAGAGGGUGGAGAGACUUACAGAGACUGAGAGCUACUCUAUGUCCUGUGAUAUCGAGCCGCCAUCUGAGUCAGUGUGCAAAAAGAACGGGGGCAUCAUCAAACGCAUGAGCGAGGAGUCGGGUUACAAUAGCGCAGGGACGUUACAUUCUAAGUCCUUUGAGCAGCCACGCUUAAGCCAGUUCAAAGACAGCUUCAAAGAUGGAGCAGAUUCCCUCAGCCUCACCUCAGCGGGAUCCAGCGGCUCAGACGCAGAGGAGACGAGUCUCAGUCUGCUGAACUCCCCAGAAUCAGGAAGUCAAAGAACAUCCACACCAACUGUGAAACAUUCUACAUCAGCCUCCGAUACAGGGGAGCUUGCGUCUGAUUCCUCUUCCAAGCUCUGGGAGUCAUCCACUCCUUCAUCCUUGGAGGCCUCUGGAUCAGGCUUGGGCUUGGAGUCUGGCUGCAGCAGCUCCACCUCUUCUUCUUCGUCCUCAGUCUCCGCCUCUUCAGGGAAGACCUUCCAUUUUCACAAACGGUCCGUCUCUGGUGUCUCUGACUACUCGUCUCUCUCCCUGCCGCUGUACAACCAGCAGAUAAACGACUGCUGCAUCAUCAGAGUCAGCCUUGAUGAGGACAACGGCAACAUGUACAAGAGCAUCCUGGUCACUAGCCAGGACAAAACCCCUGGUGUCAUUAGGAAAGCCAUGGCCAAGCACAACCUGGACAAUGACAAGUCAGAAGACUAUGAGCUUUUACAGAGGGUCUCUAAGCAUAAAGAACUUAAAAUCCCAGAUAAUGGAAAUGUUUUCUAUGCCAUGAACUCAUCUGCCAACUAUGACUUCUUGCUGCGAAAGUGUGGCGCCACCAAAACCUGCCGGUCGAAGAGCUCCCCGAGCCUGACUCUACCACGCAUGAAGCAGAAAGGGUUCAAAAUACCCAAGGGCUUCUUCUGAAAGUGCUUUGCCGAGUUCAGCAAGCCUGAAGCUGUUGGAGAUUACAAAGAGUCACUUUAUUACUCCCCCAGUAUUAUCUGGAUCUUUAAUCCAAUGGAUUUACUGCAUUAUAGAGCUGCUUGUUUCUUGCAGGAAGCUGUCCCUGUGUUUCCUGUCCCUACAGACUAUGCGAUAGGCACAGGAGGACCACUGUGGUACUUACAAGGUUUGCCUUAAGACUGCACAUAAGAGCGAGGCACACUGUGUAUGAGAAGCAUUUACCAAAUGCAGUCAGUCAUGCAUGAGCACACUAAUCAAAGACAUUUCAAGCACUUUAGAAAGGUCCUGAAAGCAGGAGAGCAGUUUGGAGAGCUGAUUUGGUCCUUUUCAAAUUCAAAGUGGAUUUUCUAUUGAUUCAUCUUCAAAAAGACUCUCCCUUUGGACUCAAUAGCAAAAUUUGCUAUCACAGGCUCAUGGUAUAGAUACAGUAUUACAUGUACAGUACAAACU